AUGGACAAAUUAAAAGGGCAACUUUCAGCUGGCCUGGAUACCACCUGUCUCAUGGCACUGCGUCAGAGGAGACGUGGGCUUCCAAGCAGCAACUCCACGGGUCCAACUAUUCUGGUGCCAAGAAAUGGCUUUGGUCAGGAAACCAGUUGUAAAUUUGACAAGGAAGAAACAGAGAUAAUUGGAAGCCACUGGUGCUAUGAGUCACAGAAGUAUGAACAGUCACACUGUGAAGUUCCUCGAGAAUGGUAUCUAACAGAUGUCACCUGCAAAGGAAACAAACAGUCACCUAUCAAUAUUGUCACCAAAAAUGUCAUUUAUGACAAGAGUCUCAAGCCACUGAAUUUUGAAGGAUAUGAUGUGAAGGGGUCUUCAAAAUGGAACAUAGAAAAUAAUGGCCAUACAGUUAAAGUAACAUUAAGCACAUCCCCUAAAAUUGGAGGCGGAGGUCUGAGAAGAAAAUACAAGGCGAUAGAAUUUCAUUUGCACUGGGGAGUCCAAGGUGUGUCGCACUACCUUCCUGGGUCAGAGCACAGCAUAGACGGAGAAAAACAAGCCAUGGAGCUUCAUGUUGUCCACAUAAGAGAAGACGUUUCGGAUAUAACAGAAGCAAAGAAAAAUGCAGAUGGUGUGGCUGUGUUAGCAUUCUUUAUAAAGGCUGAAGAAGAAAAUAAAAACUAUGCAACUCUAAUAAAUGAAUUGGAAAAUAUUCAAUACAAAGGGCAAACAGUACAGAUGGAGCCUUUGCCAUUGAGUUCUCUUCUCCCACCUGAGGAAGACCUCAGAAGGUACUAUCGGUAUGAGGGCUCCCUCACCACCCCUGACUGCCACGAGGGUGUCAUCUGGACGGUAUUUGAGAAGCCAAUUGAACUCAGUAUUUCUCAGAUUUCUCAGUUUUCAACAGUCCGCUUUGGUAUGAAGAACUCAACUUACAUGGUUGAAAAUUUCCGGCCCAUUCAAUUUCUGAACGAACGAAAGGUGUACUGGUCCAGCGCCAGCAUCCUCCUGCCUACUGCUAAGUUUUUAAUGUUGGUCCUGAUGCUUACGUACAUCCUGAGUUCUCUUUUGCAAUGA